CGUCGCUGACAUGAACAGACCGACGGAUGCCCGAUUGCGGAUCUGAAUUGAGAGGAUUGAGAGUUUCGAACGUGUAGUCCUCGUCGCCGUCGUCGUCAUUGAGGUAGAAGUCAGAAGCUACAAGUUAGACCUUCGUCCGUCCUUCUCUAUAUGUAGCGUGAAUGUGGUAUUCAUUCGUUUGUUCAGUUGUUCCGUGUGCUCCAGGAUGGACCCAGUCUCACAUAAGCAUGAUGAGAUGAACGACUUUCGCUCAUCCCAUUAAAGUCGUGCCUUCCCUAGGUGCUUUCCGCUCUUUACUUCUUCCACAUCCAGAGCAACAUGGGGGAACAUAAUUGAACCACAUUGAGAUCCACUCAUCCAUCACGAUCCUCGACAUAUUGAUUGGGUCAGAUCAUCAUGGGUUUCUCAUCGUCCCUUCAAGGGAGUACCUCUCAUGAGGCCCUUUUAGUGCGCAUGGAUGCCGAGAUUCGACUGUUGGAGAACAUGCGGCGGUGUUUGGCCUUGCGGAUCAAGGCUGACCGUGAUUACACCAUCUCCUUGAAUGCAUUUGUGCUUCAAGCCCAAAAGAUCGACUAUCACGGGGAUGGGUCCAGUUUGGACGUGAUGACGGGCUCCAUGGUGGCCAAAGCUUGGACCAUCUUCAUCGAAGAGAGCGAGCGAGCCGUGAAAUAUGUCAAAGAAAACGCAGAGUUCUUGGCGGGACAAACCACAGAAAAACUGAACAACCUCUACACGGAAAAGAAAGCGAAUCGUAAGCAAUAUCAAGAGGAAUAUACGCGAAUCUCAUUGGAAUUGGUGAGGCUGCAAGAGGCCGUUCAAAAGACGCGCACGGAAUAUGAUCGUUGUCUAGAUAACUACUCGUCCUCGAAGAUCAAGUUCGAGGAGGCCGCUUUCAAGGGCAAAACGGGCAAACGAUAUGAAGACGCCAAGGAUCGGUAUCACAAGACGUGCAAGAAGUUGCAUCUGACUCAUAACGAUUAUGUGAUGCUUCUUUGUGAAGCCAGCGAGUUUGAACGCGAUAUGCGGACCAUCCUCUUGCCCGGUUUAUUGGAACAUCAGCAAGCCAUUCAAGAAGAUAUGAUUGAAAAGUGGAAGAUCAUCUUGCAAGACAUUCAGCGGUGCUCGAACGUGGCUGAUAAGAAGUUCCAGGAUCUGUACAAUCGGAUCGAAAGUAACAUCAUUAGCGUCAAAUCCUCCGAAGAGUACACCAAGUUCAUUGAGAACCACAAAACUGCCCCGCCAAAGCCUUUGUACUUCAAAUUCGAUAGCUCGCUGUUAGACAAUCAUAAAUUGAGCCUGUCGCCCAACUCAAUAGUGUUAAACGAUCUCACCAUGGACUCUCUCAAGCACAAAUUGGCCGAGAAUGAGAGCAAACUGGGCGAUUGCCGGUGUCAGAUCAAGGACAAACAGACUCUCAUCAUCCAAUACGAAACCGAGUUGGCCACGGUCAAGAUCAAAUCCGAUUCCGCUAGUGUGAAUCGCAUGUUUGCCGUCAAAAAGAUCUGUGAUGACCUCAAGAAAGAGGUCAACGAGCUUCGUUGCCAAGAGCAGAAACUGAACCGUCAGAACGAGCUCAUUCAGAUGCCCAUCAAUGACCUGGGCUCGAACCAGCCACCCCCUGGGUUCGAUGUGUCAAAAGAGACCCUCGGUGUGACGGAGCCCAUGAUGGGAGAUGGGUCCAGUAGCCAUAACUCGUUGACCAGUCUGGCCAAUCCCAAGAGCAAGGUCUCCGGUAAGGUCAUCAACAUCCUCAAGCAACCGUUCACCGGUGGCAAGCAGAGAUUCGGUUCCACGCAUUCCCUGGGACGACAAGAGCUCGAAUCCAACGAACUGAGCGAGUCCCAAGUCUCCAUGGAGCUUCUGUCCCCACCCACACCCCCCACCAAACCCGCCGUACCCACCAACGGCCCCAACCAUACCAACCACAUACCCCAACCAGGAGGGUCUCCCAAUCCUCCCGGAGAUAUCGACGCCAGUUCGCGUCCUUUAGAUGAGGAGCUCUGGUUCCAUGGGGUUUUGCCUCGAGGCGAAGUGGUCCGACUUCUGGAAACGGAUGGGGAUUUUCUAGUCCGAGAGACGCUUCGGAACGAUGAGAAGCAGAUCGUGCUCUCCGUGAUGUGGACCAGUCCCAAGCACUUCAUCGUCCAGACCUCGCCUGAAGGUCAUUUCCGAUUCGAAGGACCGGCUUUUCCCACCGUUCAAGCCCUCAUCGCCCAUCAAUAUCAGUCCAGUACCUCGGUCACCUCUCGAUCCGGAGCGGUUUUGAAGACUCCCAUUCUCCGGGAGAAAUGGGAGCUGAACAAUGACGAUGUUGAACUGACGCAGAAAAUUGGCAAGGGUAACUUUGGGGAUGUGUAUCGAGCCACUUUGAACCCGGGAAGGCAACUGGUGGCGGUGAAAACGUGUAAGAAUACUUUACCGGAGGAGCAGAAGAAGAAGUUUCUGCAGGAAGGGAGGAUCUUGAAGCAAUAUGAUCACCCGAACAUCGUCAAGUUCAUCGGAAUCUGUGUGCAAAAGCAGCCUAUCAUGAUUGUUAUGGAAUUGGUGCCCGGGGGUUCGUUGUUGAAUUUCCUGCGGAAUCAAGGCGAGUUCCUCCAACCAAAGCAUCUUCUUGGAAUGUGCUUGGAUACUUCUGCGGGCAUGGAAUACUUGGAAUCCAAGAACUGCAUUCAUCGCGAUUUGGCGGCUCGCAAUUGUCUCGUUGGAGAUGGUAAUGUGGUCAAAAUCUCCGAUUUUGGCAUGUCAAGGGAGGAAGAAGAAUACAUUGUCUCGGAUGGUCUCAAACAGAUCCCUAUCAAAUGGACAGCUCCCGAGGCACUAAAUUAUGGCAAAUACACCUCACUUUGCGACGUGUGGAGUUUUGGAGUCCUAUGUUGGGAGAUCUUUUCUCGCGGAGGAACCCCAUAUCAAGGGAUGACCAAUACGCGUGCUCGUGAGAUGAUUGAGUCCGGAUAUCGCAUGCCGGCUCCAGACGCAAUUCCGGAGGAGGUUUACGAAUUGAUGCUGCGAUGCUGGAAGCAAGCACCCGAAGAUCGGCCACACUUCAAGGAAAUUCAUGCCGUGAUCGAAAUGCUGCAUUCAAGAGCCUCAGUGGGGCCUGAGACGCGUGUUUGAGUAAAGAGAGAUGACCCUGUUUGUCAGCAACUAUCCCUGCCACCCUGCGUGCAAUAAUAAUUGCUUCCUCCCGUGUCAACCGAUUAAUCUCUUAAAAUGUGAAUCUCUGCAGAGCAAAUGCUUUCAAAAGAAAACCUGUGAUGAAAAAGAUGUUUUCCAGAUCCCUCCAAUUCCAGCACACAUGUUGCUGUUAUAAUCUAGGACCUCGCCCAGAAAGAUUUUGAUCUAUAUUAUCCACUGUGUUUUCUUUCCCUAGAGAGUUCAAUAUCCUGGAAAUCUAGAUCGAACUCGUCUUUCAAACAGUAUUUUUAGGUAAUUCCAGCUCUUCUUGUUUUUUUGCGCCAUACGUUUGUUUAGUUUCCAAUACUAACCCAAUGAAUUCUUGCGUGAUUAACACUACAUAUGAAUGAAUAAAUGUAUUAGAAAUGUGUCAUCUUAA